GGCCAAUGAAUCGCAAGGCCGCCGUGUGCCGCUUUAUAAUCAGAUGUAGGCGCGCGUCUGCACUAAAAUCAGUUUAGUGUUUGAAAUGGGAAUUAUCAGCAUUUUGCUUUUCGCUGCGUGUUUAAGCAGCGUUAAGGGGAACUACCAAUAUGUCCUGGCACCAAACGUGAUCCGACUUGAAAACGAGGAGACCCUGCUUGUUGGCAUUCUUGGCAAUGGUGCGAAUCAGAAAGUAACGGUAUACUUUGAAUAUCUGGACAGGAAGAUCUCCGAAAAAACAACAACGAUAAAAGAUGCAGCACAUCCUGUCGAGGUCAUGGUCAAGGUCACCGCAGAUGACCUCUUCAAAGACAUCGACGCCAGUCCAAAAUUCAGAGAAAGACCUAAAUUUAUCAAAUUGGUAUGCAAUGGACCAAAUGGGAUUCAGACCCGGGAUAUUGCUCUUAGUUUCACAUCCGGUUAUCUGAUCGUACAGACGGACAAACCUCUGUACAAUCCUGCUCAGCCAGUAUAUGUUCGAGUUCUCGCAAUGGACGAAUCUAUGAGGCCAAUCAAGGACAAGCAAUUGGCAAUAGAAUUGAUAAGCCCCACAAAUAUGACUGUAGGCAGGGUGAACUUUGAACCUGGUAAAAGUCAACAUGGCUUCUACAAAGGAGAGUUUGAGCUUCCACCGUUUCCGGAUUUUGGGACAUGGACGAUCAAAGCUAAACUUGGAGGAAAGUCGGAGACGUAUGCCAUUGCUCCUAUUGAAGUACGCGAAUUUGUUCUUCCUACCUUUGGGGUAGAUAUUACAACGGAUACGGAAAACAAGUACAUACUGCCAAAUCAGGAAAAUAUUGGAGUUACAGUUUCAGCCACAUACGUUUACGGCAAGACAGUGGAAGGGAUUGCAGGACUCGAUAUUAACAUCCGGAAGAAGGGGGAUGUGUCGGACCCAAAACGUGUUGUUACCAUGGGAAGACAGAAGCUUCGUAAUGGCAAGGCAUUCUUCACGGUCGAUGUAAGAAACUAGUGCAAGGUUUAGGGGGACAGUUUCCUGCGGAGGCCAUGUUAGAAUUGUCGUCAACUGUUUAUGAGUCGGCAACAGGAAAGGAAGAGACGGGAGCAGAUGACUACAUAAUGUUUGUAAACUGUCCUUUCAAGUUUGAAUUCUCGCGUUCAAAGACUACAUACCGGAAAGGCUUCACAUAUUACAUGCAGAUUGACAUGCUUCACGCAGACGGUCGACCUGCUCAAGAGAUGGAUUUCGUUAUCGAAGUUGAUGGUAAACAAACACGCAGAAAGACAAGAAAAGAUGGUCAAUAUUUGGAA